AAAAAAAAAGUCUAAAACUGUUUUAAUUUAUUUUAAAAAUAAUUAAUUUAAAAUAAUGUAGUUUUUAAAUAAAAUAAUUAUAAUUAUUGUAUUUUAAAUAAAUAAAAUCACUGUGAGAAUUAAAUUAUCACUUUACCAGAUGAGUGGUAAUGAAGGUGAUGUCACCCCCAUUGGAGGAGGAAACUCUGUCGCUUGUUGGCGACAGAAAAUCCAGUGGUUUAUUACAGGAAAAGGGAAUUAUCAGCAGCCGAAGUGGGGGUGGUGGCAGGUUUGGAAUCAGAAGUCAUACAAGAAUGUAUACUGAAGAAAGUAAUCAUCAAAUGGCUAGCGAAAUGACAUCGACUAACUCCACCAGCAACACCACGACAGCUAUGACAGCAACAACAAAUUCAGUCACAGCGAUAACUUCUCCAGCUACAACGUCUGCGAUUGAGACUGAUGCCAGUGGUGAAAAAGUUUGUGGAGUAAGUGAAAAAACUGGUGGGGGUGUUGUUACAUUUGCUGAUUCUGCAGAGUAUGAUUUGAUUGAUUCAUCAAAUAUUGAUGAUAAUUUGCUUGGGCAAUUUCAUGAGGAUGCUAUAAAACAGGCCGGUGUUGGUUAUUUUCAAAUAUUCGCAGCAUUAUGCACGGGUCUUAGUCUUGCAGCAGAUACCGUUGAAUUUUUUGUCGUACCUUAUAUAUUACCAAGUGCGGAAGUUGAAUUAUGUAUUAAGGACAAUGAAAAAGGAUGGCUGGGAAAAAUAACACUAGUUGGUCUUGCACUUGGUGGAAUCGGAUGGGGUGGAUUGGGCGAUCGCAUUGGACGUCGUAGAGCAUUACUGUCAGCUAUGUCAGUUCAUAUUAUUUUUAGCGGUGUAGCGACUUUUAUGCCCACCUACGGAACAUUUAUGACUGCACGAUUUAUUUCAGCCAUGGGCGUUAGCGGUGCAAUACCACUGGCAUUUGUCUAUAUCGCCGAGUGCUGUCCGCACAUCAGUCGUUCAAAAUGGACCAGUAUUUUAAUAAGUGCUGGUGCACUUGGUGGUGUCUAUGCUGCACUAUUAGCUUGGAUCGUAGUACCAACAACUGGUGAAAUGGUUGUAUUAGAAAACAAAGAACACUUUAGUGCUUGGCACAGAUUUUUAUUGAUGUGUUGGAUCCCGGCUGUCUGUGCGACAAUCAGCCUGAUAUUCAUACCAGAAAGUCCACGUUAUUUGAUAGAAGCCGGUCAUGAUGUUGAAGCAAUGAUGGUUUAUCAAAGAAUAUACAAAAGUAAUACUCGUAAAAAUAUAACCGGUGCUGGUGCGAUAACCGCAACAACACAGUAUCAAUUAUCUGAGUUAGAAUUACCAACUAAAAGACCUCGAAGACGUGGACACUGCAGUGGAACUUGUUCACCACCUUCACCAUCUUUGUCUAACAGUGUCAAUAGUAAUAAUCAUAAUCAUCAUCAGUGCAGUAAUAGUACCAGUGGUGUACUUGCAGACAUAACUUAUUCAAUCCAAGUAUUUUGCAAUUCAUUUAUUGAAUUAUUUUCAUCAUCAUUUCUACGUAUAACUGUAACACUUUUGGUAAUAUGGUCAGCUGUUGGUUUUGGAUUGUACGGAUUACUUCUCUGGUGUCCAGAAUAUCUUAAAGUUAUUCGUUCAAUGGAAUAUGAGCAGGAUACGAUACGUUUAAUAAAUAAAGAAUAUAUAAAUCAAACAUUUACAUCAUCAUUAGAAAAUCGUUGGUAUAAAAAUUCAAUAUUUAUAAACUGUAAAUUUACUAAAAUGGUAUUUAGUCAUGUUGAUUUUGAUAACUGUACAUUUAAAUCCGUCGAAUUUAUCAGCAUUAAAUCGAGCAAAACCCAUUUUGUUGAUAGUAUUAUUGUUAACUCGAAAUUUCUCGAUACUGAUUUAUCAGCUAAAAUUUUUAAUCGCUGUAUUAUGGAAAAUAAUACGAAACUGAGUGUUAUAAGUCCGUGUCCGACAUUGGAUCUUGAUUAUAAUAUUUAUAUUGAAGAAGCACUUCAUGGACAUUUGGUAGCUCAAAUUGUUAUCGUUGUUGCUGCGGCAUUUACUGGAUACUUUAUACUUACAGCAACAUUUCAACGCCCUAAAAUAAUUGGUUUAUCAUUACUCGUAUUUAUAAUUGCCGUAGUAUGCAGUUUAAUUCUUAUCAUAAGUAAAAAUAGUGCAUUAGCAGUACUAGGAUUCGAAGGAGGUUUAAUAGCCAUAUUCGCAAUGAUCUGGACUAUCCUAACAUUCAUAACAAUUGAAUUAUUUCCAACCCACUUGCGCUGUACCGCAUUCGGACUCAUGGCAGCAGGAUUCAGAAUUUUCGGAUUAAUCGGCACUGCUAUUUAUCAGACUAUCGUCAGUGCUCAUUUAAUAAUACCACCUCUACUUACCGCAUUUACACUCGCUAUUGUAAGUAUCGCAACAUUUUAUCUCCCAAAUACAAAUAAUGUCUUUUUAUAGAGAUUUAAAUAAAUUAUUAAUAAAAUAAUAAUUAAAAGCACAGUAGUAAAAAUAUAUACAUACAUUUAUAUAUCGUACGCACAUGAUGCGAAUAAGCUAGUGAAAGAAAAAAAAACCAAAGAGUGAAGACUAAUGUAAGUAAAUUGUAUAAAUGUCUAAUAGUUAUCGAAGGCAAAAAAAAAAUACUGAUCCAUUUCUUCUUAUAAUAAUUAAUUAUAACAAUUAAUUAUAUCAAUUAAAUAUCAGAUGAAAAUAUUUACGUAAGAUUGUAAUUAAUAUAUCAUAAAUUUUAGUUAAUAAUAAUGAUAAUAAUAAUAAUAAGCUCAAUUAUUAUGAUAAAGUAGUAAAAGAAUGUACUUUUAAUGCUUGCCAUAAUUAAAAUUAAUUAUAUACGUAAUUAAUGAAACAAAAAAACUUUGCGAUCAAUUUAAAACUCUACACAUACACACAUAUCAUAUAUGUAAAUAUCAAUAAUAUAAUUUAAAUAAUAAUAUUUGUCUUCGCCUUAAAGCGAAUUUGAAUGGAAUGAAAAAAAAAUGAUAGUCAAUUAAAAAAAAAAAAUGAUAUGGAAAAGAUGCUAUUUGUACUUUGACUAAAAAUUAAUUUAUAAUUAUUUUUAAUAGUUUUAAACUAUUUUUACCUAAGCGUUGUGUCAUUUUUUUAUAUAUGUAUAAUAUAAGGAAAUAUAUGCACGGUUGUAUGUGUAAAUAUACACAAAAAAUAAUUGAAACAAAUUAAAUAUAAAUGCUGUUUUAUUAUGUACACAAUUAAUUGUAUAAAUUAGCGCAGCUUAUUUUUUUAGGCGCGCGAUUAUUUGAUUUUUAAAAAAAAGUUUAAUAACAAUAUUGUAAUAAUUAUUAUUAUAUUAUUAUUAAAAUGACAAAUACGCAAUUUAUGUAUAUAGAUAAAGUGACGGUAGUUGUUAUUGAUACAUUUUGAUGAUUAUUAUAAAUAAAAGUAGUAAACAGCUGUAUAUUAUUUCGACGUAAUUGUAUUACUUUUAAAUCUACAAUUAUAAUAAUAGGAAUAAUAAUCAAUAAAUAAUUUAUUAUACGUAGUUAAUAUUUAUGUAUAAUGUAAUCAUUAUAAAAGCUAGAUUGUAUACUUUUAUGGUAAAAUAAUUUUAGACCCUCUUAUCACGCUAAGCGUAAUGUAGGCCGACUUUCGUGGGUAUUCUCUUUCUAUUUUUUUUUUUUUAUAUUACUAUUAUUAGUAUUUAUAUAAAUAUCAUGUACAAAGUUUGUCAUUUAAUUUACGAUAGAUAAAUUAUUGUUUCAUUUAAAUCUCGUAUUUAUCAUAAAUCACUGAUAUAUUUUUAAAUGAGUAAACAAUACGAGAUAAUGCUCAUUCCAUUGCGCAACAAGCAAAAAUUAUUUUUUUUUAUAAAUGCAAACAGUACUCAAGCUCUUAAAUUAUAAUUUCCACAAUCACUCAUACAUUUUUUUUUUUAUUUUUACUAAAUUUUGUUAUAUUUUUCGUGUAAAAUUAUCCAAACACGCGUUAUUUUGUGCGUAUUAAUAUAAAUAAAAAAGUAAAAAAAUUACUAAUCGUAUUUUUUUAAUUAUAAAAUUAUAAAUAUAUAUAAAAAAAAAUAUAUCAAAUACCAAACUAAUUAUAUUUUAAAUAUCAAUCCUAAUUAUAUUUAUAGGAUCAAUCCUAAUAAUACUCUGGUUAUACACUUAUCCAAAAAUUAAAGGAACAAUAAAAUUUUAUAAAUUUUUUUAGUGAUUUUUGGAAGGCUGUAUUUUCCUGAAAAAUGUAUGACAAUAAAGUUAGCAGACAUUUAAAAAUUUUUGGGUUUUUUUUUUCAACAAAUCAAUUACAAAAAAAUAAAAAAUAAAAAUAUACACAUGUAGAAAAUUUGAGAAACUACAGGUGCAAUUUUUUAAAAUUCCUUUUUUGUUUUAUAAUUUAUCAUCUAAAAUCAAAUCAAAAAAUUUUUAGACGUCUGCUAACUUCAGUAUCAUGAAAAAUGAUCGUAUCGAAAAAAUAAAAAAGGUUUUUCAAAUUGAUAGUAACGAUGAAAAAAUUUUUUUUAAUCGAAAAUGAGGCUUGUGGAGGAUUUAUUAACGUUUCUAAAGCUGCCCUCAAAAUUACUGUGCGACCAUUAGUUGCUAAGAUAUCGAUAAUCAAAGACAAAAAGAUCCUUUUUCAUUUGAAGGCUGAUAUUUCAGCAGCGAAUUGUUGUACAAAGAAACAAAUAAAGCAAAUUGUAGCUGAAUAAAUUUCCUAAAUGAACCAUGAAUUGGUUUUUUCGAAAAAAAUUUUCCCGGCGCCGUAGACCUAGAAAACAAAACCAAAAAAUUUAGAAAAAUUUUGACUCGAGCUAUUUCUUAUGAUUCCGCAAAAACCGCGGUUCAAAAAAUUAUUUUGCUAGAAGAUCUUCAAACUAGAGAUUUCAAGCUUCAAUUUGCUUUUUUUGAUUUUUCGAUACAACCAUUUUUCACGAAAAUACAGGCCUCAAAAAAUUUAUAAAAUUUUCUUGUUCCUUUAAUUUUUUGGAAAAGUAUACUUAAAAAAAUUUUUUUUCAAUUUUCUUUUUUUAUUUUGUUACAAAAUCGUUUUUUUGUAAAAUUUUUUAUGGCAGUUGAGCGUAAAUACUUUUUAAUAUUACGGUAAUGAGAUCAUAAUAUAAUCAUUUUUAUUUCGUUUUUUGUUGGUCGAAUAAAAAAAUUACGGCGGCUAAUUUUGGUCCGCUGUCAUAUUUUGUAAUUAUGAUAAAAUGUUUUAUUUCUUUGUGAUAAAAUUUUCAGUGGCCAAAUUUCAGCCUAUCGAACAUUAAUGCAAAAGAAAAUGAUAUUUUUUUACUUAAAGAUAUUUGUGAUGUUUUUUUUCUUUUUUUUUAAAUCACACGUUUGUAUAAAAGAUAUAAAAAAUUUUAUGAUAAAAUAAGAAGCGUAAAAUACGCUGAAUAUUAUAUGGCAGACAAUAUUUAUAUAUAAUAUAUAUAACAUAUAUUAUAAUAAAAAUUUAUUCUAUCUUAAUAAACUAAUUAGUAUCAUAUAUUAUUAAUAUAUAAUAAAAUAUAUCAAUGGGUGUCGUAGUAUUAAAAAUUCGUUAUAAAAAAAUUUUCUACACAAAACCGCGUAAAAAAAGUCGAUGUAUAAAUAAUAAAAUAGUACGAUUUAUACCGGGGCAGUGAGAGUAUAUAAUUAAUAUACAAUUAAAAAAAUAAAAAAGUUUAUA